CGGAAAAUCCAUUGGUACUACUUCAGACAAAAACAUUUUCUUUCAUUCACCCAAUCACAUCAUCCUUAAAUUUUCUUAUUCCGUGAUUUCAAUUGAGACAUUGACCAAGUGAUAUCAAGAACAACAAUAUUUACUCUUGGAUACCUACUCAGAUACUCGAGUACUCGAAUUCUCGUCAUUCAUAUUUAUCUAUCGUCUUUAUCAUCGAUAUCAUCAAUCUCAUCGAUGCCCUCAAAUCACAUCCAACCCAAAAAUAUAAAGAUAUAAUUUAUAGACAUCAUCAUGUCGCUAUUGUCCUUAUCACACGAUUUAUCCGUCCAAGAAGCGUUAUCGGGCAUCUUUGGAAGUAUCAGUUUAGCAACUUGGAUCUUUUUGUUGGUACCACAACUUAUUUUGAACUAUCGGUCUCAGAGUGCCGAUGGAGUAUCAUUGGCGUUCUUGUCGGUUUGGUUUAUUGGCGAUGUUGCGAAUCUUGCUGGUGCAAUCUGGGCAGAUCUUGUCCCUACAGUAACUGUUCUAGCCAUCUAUUUCUGCAUUGCGGACUUUGUACUUAUCUCACAAUGUUUAUAUUACAACAAAAUCAAUGCUCAGAAACGCCAAGAAACGGAAUCUAUUGCCCCAACUGAGGAAGAUCCUCUUCUUGCCCGUCGACGAAGUAACAGUAAUAUUGGACUUCCAGGAUCUCAUAGAAGACGCUCCUCAGCGAUGAGUGGAAGCCAAUGUCAUGAAGAUACCUUGAUCAAGAUUUUGGAAGGGGAUGAUUCUCCAGAUGCAAAUGCUUGGGUUAAGAAUAUUGUUAGCAUUUUGUUGGUUAUUGCUGCUGGGACAGCUGGAUGGGCUAUUGCUUGGAGAAGUGGUGUCUGGACGCCUACACCAGAGAAUGGAGGUGAUGUUCCUAAGACGAACGAAGUUGCUGUUGGCGCAGAGAUACUAGGAUAUUUUAGUGCAAUUUGCUACCUUGGCGCUCGAAUUCCUCAAAUCUUGAAGAACUAUAAGGAAAAGUCUUGUGACGGUCUCGCACUUCUUUUCUUCCUUCUCUCAUUGAUGGGAAACCUAACGUAUGGUGCUGGCAUUCUCUUCCAUUCCUUGGAGAAAGAAUAUCUCAUCAUUAAUACCCCAUGGCUCAUUGGAUCUUUGGGAACGAUUGUUGAAGAUGCAGUGAUCUUCCUUCAAUUUAGGAUGUACGCACCAAAGCCAACUCCAACCACUGCUGUUGAAUAGGCGAUAUAUAUGAUGAACAAGUACAAAUUGCAUUGGGGGGAUCUCAUAUUUAGUAUCGAACCUGUACAAUAGACCGCUACUGAGAGCAGAGGAAGGGCGUUUUUGAAUUGUUAUCUUUUCGAUAUGCAUAGAAGAGGAAUUGGAAAGGUAGAUUGAACCACGGAAGAUGAACAUUGGAUAUACUAAUGAUAAUUAAAGUUUGAAAAUGUUUGAAAUCUUU